CCUCACAAAAAGGGAAAAACACACUUUUCUUAUCUACCAUUCGAAUUUGCAACGACUUCGCUUUUCGCGUCUCAAUGAAGCGCUUAUUCUCCACUUUAUAUAUAAACGCAACAACCCUUUUUCCCUUUUCUUAAUUGAUUUCCCUCUUCGUCUUCAUUUCUUCUAAAUAUCUCUGAUAGCUACAUUCUUAGCUUCUUCACUCAUCUGAUUCAUUGCCUUCUUCAAGAUCUGUUCGCUGCAAGGUUUAUUGAAUGAAACCUUGUUGGACUUGGAGCGUUAUUUAGUAUAUCAAUUGAGCCCUUCCACAAUCUAGAAAAUCUAUCAGGGAUAAACAUGCUUAGUCCUGAAGGUGAACUGAAAAUAAGUUUCGGCUAUCAAUGCAAUGACGACAGAGGUAUCCCUUGCAAGGUUGCCAAAGGCUGCAAAAUCCUUCCUGAAAUGCGAAGAACAAGCAGUUUCUCUUGCUUGUCUGGUGCUGCUUUGAGUGCAAAUGCUACACUUGCCAACACAAACAUCUGCAACGGUGUGAUAGGAGAAGAAAUCCUUCCGAAUUUGGACUCUCCUAAUUCAUUUCGGCGGGUACCCUCUUCGCCAUGUCUUGGAAUGUUGGACAUGCUAUCAACUUCUUUCCAAAGUAGUUUGUCGAACCUAAGUUGCAGCCCAUCCAGUCCAAGUCAUAUGCUUGAAUACGAGCCUUGUUCGUUAAGACUCAUGAGUCCUUCCUCUAGAAAUGAAAGUUUUCUCGGUGCUACAGAAGUACAAGUAGCAGGAGGAGCUGCUGGUGAAGAUAGAGUUCAAGCAGUUUGUUCUGAAGAAAAUGGUUGGCUAUUUUGUGCAAUUUAUGACGGGUUUAAUGGGAGAGAUGCGGCGGACUAUCUAGCUUGUACUCUUUAUGACUCUAUUGUAUCUUAUCUAAAUACAAUAGAUUGGAAUUCAGAACCGAAUUCCAUCAAUGCUUCUGACAAUGUCGGUUUGGAUGGUAGUCGUGUUCUUGAUCACGAGCAUCAAUCUUCAUCAGAUAAAUCAUUUUCGAAUGUGGUACUUGAUAGCCUCAAACAUGUUCUUAAUCAGGUUGAGAAUGACUUCCUGUACAUGGUUGAGCAGGAAAUGGAGGAGCGUCUGGAUUUAGUUUCGAUUGGAUCUUGCGUUUUGCUCGUGCUUCUUCAUGGAAAUGAUUUGUGUACGCUCAAUCUUGGUGAUAGCAGAGCAGUGCUUGCAACGUGCAGUACAGGUAACGAAAUGAACGGGAGUGAGAGGUUGAGAGCUAUUCAGCUUACUGAUAGUCAUACUGUUGACAAUGACAGUGAAAGAACUCGACUUCUUGCCGAGCAUCCUGAUGAUCCUAAGACCAUUGUAGCAGGGAGAGUGAAAGGAAAAUUGAAGGUUACGCGUGCUUUUGGAGUUGGGUACUUGAAAAAGAAAAUUCUGAAUGAUGCACUAAUGGGAAUCCUCCGAGUUCAAGAUCUUAGAAGCCCACCAUACAUUUCAACAGAUCCAUCAUUGAACGUGCAUAAAAUCUCUCCAUCCGAUCAAUUUGUUAUAGUUGCAAGUGAUGGUUUAUUCGACUUCUUCAGCAACGAGGAAGCGGUGAAUCUUGUGGAGUCUUACAUCUUGCGCAAUCCUCACGGUGAUCCAGCCAAAUAUCUCAUUGAAGAACUAGUAACAAAAGCAGCUGAUUCUGCAGGUUUCAGCACGGAGGAGUUGAUGAAUGUUCCAGCUGGAAGUAGGCGGAAAUAUCACGAUGACGUUACUGUAAUGGUGAUCAUCCUUGGGAUGAAUAAACGAACUUCAAAGGCGUCAAUUUGCAUCUGAACAUUGACCGAAGAAAAUUUGCAGAUGAAGCUUUUCAAUGAAAACUAAAAUCAUUUUUUGUAUUGUAGAAAGUUGGGAUGUUGGAAGAUUGUACAUAUGACAACAAUUUUGAACAUAGAAUCAAUAGUUCCUUAGUAUUCAAAUAUUUUGUGCAGUGCUUCCAUUUUGCUGUAGAAAUGCAUGUAAAAAAAUAAAUAGGCUGCUUUACAGAUUAUGAUGAAUUCAUUCAUUGCUUGGCAUAAUAUAUUUGUGGAAUUGAAAUUAA